AUCAUUGUCAGGUUCUGGAGGGUUGUGCUUGGGCUCAGGGUUUGUCUUGUGUGUGGAAGACCUGCCUGCUGACCCACUCUUCUUCCACUGAGGAAGCGUUGUGGAAGCACGACUGUCACUUGGUUUGCUGCUUUUGCAACUUCAGACAGGAAGUGCUUCCUGAAACCAUAUACCUCAGCACAGCGAUAGCGUUACCCUGACCUUUCUUGGAGCGUCCAAGUGAAAGGGAGGCAGGAAAAGGACAUACCACAAAAUGUCUAGGGUUUCUGCCGUCUCGAUCUACCGCCUCACCCCGGCUGUCUUCUUUUAAGCGAGCAGCCUCCGAGCCUGAUGCUCGCCUGUUUCACCUGUGCUGCCUCACCGGCAGCCGGCAGGCCGCCCUUCGCAGGGGCGGCGGCAGAGGACAAGCGGCUCUUCAGCUGCGGGCUGGCUCCACCGAAACCACGAAGGACGAGACACAGCAAACCCCACAAGGCCGCUGCCCAGGUGCCUGCGGCCCCGGGGACGAUGCAAGCCCGGCGCUCGGGGACAGGCACCGCCAGAGCCGCUCAGGCCGGGUCUCCGUACACCGCGACUCUGAAGGCAGAUCCAGAAGAAUUGUUUACAAAACUGGAGAAAAUUGGUAAGGGUUCUUUUGGUGAAGUUUUUAAAGGAAUUGACAAUCGGACUCAGAAAGUGGUUGCUAUAAAAAUUAUUGACCUGGAAGAGGCAGAAGAUGAAAUAGAAGACAUCCAACAAGAAAUCACAGUGCUGAGUCAGUGUGACAGUCCAUAUGUAACUAAAUAUUAUGGAUCCUAUUUAAAGGAUACAAAAUUAUGGAUAAUAAUGGAAUAUCUGGGUGGAGGCUCUGCCCUUGAUCUAUUAGAACCUGGCUCGCUCGAUGAAACCCAGAUUGCUACAAUAUUGAGGGAAAUACUCAAAGGACUUGAUUACUUGCAUUCAGAAAAGAAAAUCCACAGAGAUAUUAAAGCUGCUAAUGUACUGCUGUCUGAACAAGGAGAAGUAAAGCUAGCAGAUUUUGGAGUAGCUGGACAGCUAACAGAUACGCAGAUAAAGAGGAACACCUUUGUGGGAACACCAUUUUGGAUGGCACCUGAAGUAAUAAAGCAAUCAGCAUAUGAUUCAAAGGCAGAUAUCUGGUCAUUAGGCAUAACAGCCAUAGAACUUGCAAAAGGAGAGCCACCUCAUUCAGAAUUGCAUCCAAUGAAGGUUUUGUUCCUUAUUCCGAAGAACAAUCCCCCGACGCUGGAAGGGAACUUCAGUAAAUCCCUCAAGGAAUUUGUUGAGGCCUGCUUAAACAAGGACCCAAGCUUUAGACCCACUGCAAAAGAGCUCUUAAAACACAAAUUUAUUUUACGCAACUCAAAGAAAACUUCCUAUCUGACGGACCUUAUUGAUAGGCACAAGAGGUGGAAAGCUGAACAAAGUCACGAUGACUCCAGUUCUGAUGACUCGGAUACUGAACAAGAUGGCCAGGCUUCAGGUGGGAGUGAUGCAGGAGAGUGGAUCUUUACAAUAAGGGAAAAGAACCCCAAGAAUCUAGAGAAUGGAGCAGCCCAGCCUCUGGAGUUGCAAAGAAAUAAGGAAAAGGAUAUCCCAAAGAGGCCUCUGUCCCAGUGUCUGUCUGCAGUUAUAUCACCUUUAUUUGCAGAAUUGAAAGAGAAGAGUGAAGUGUGUGGUGGUAACACAGAUUCCAUAGAAGAACUGAGAAAGGCUAUUUAUUUAGCUGAAGAGGCUUGUCCAGGCAUUGCAGAUAAGCUGGUGUCGCACCUUGUGCAGAGGCUUCAGAGAUACUCACUAGCUGGAGGAAGUACUUCAUCCUACUGACCUACUGUUCCUGGUUUUUCUAAGACAACUGAAAUUCCACAGUAUCUGCAGUGAAGGCGUACACCCUGAUGUUGUUCUGCUCCUCUGUCAUUGGAAUGUCCUUUGGUGGAAGGACAUUCCUAAACAUACAAGAGUGAAAAGGAAGUCUCUCGGAUGGAGGCAGACCUUUUCGUCAACUUAAAGCUAUAAUUUUUUUAAAAAUGUUAAUGCACAUAUUCCAGCGGGGUGACUUUUUGUAAAAUCUGAAAUGUAUAUUUAGGUUUGUGAUAGAGAAAUUGAAGAUAUUGAGAAACCUCAGGUAUCUUGCUUUAAGAAUUCCACUGGGAGAUGGCGUAUGUUGGAAUUGUGUACAGAUAUGUAUAUAAUGUCUUUUUUAACUGAAAGCCUUUCAACGUGGAUAAGGAAUCACUGUGUACAAAAUGGUAAAGUGCUUUUGUAGAUAAUGUUAGUGGGGUAAAUAUUUGACAGGCCAUAACUGAGUAUUGCCUUGCCUUUAUUACAUGUAAAUUUUGAACUCUGUGAUAA